AUGGCGCACUCUGAGCAGAUCGACGGCCUCGACUACACGUGUCGGCAAUAUGGCGAGCAUACGCUGCAGCGCGUCGGGAUCUGGCAGCCAGCUCCGCGGCGCAAUCACGGGUACUGGGCCAUAUUCAUUCACGGCGGCGCCUGGCGCGACCCUCGCAACACGCACAUGGAUUUCGUGCCAUCCGUGAAGCGAAUUCGUUCCAACGGAGACGAAGCAAUUCGCGGCUAUAUCAGCAUUGACUACCGUCUAUCCCCGCAUCCAAACUUUAUUCAAGACCCCGCACAAACGCCCAAGUCAGACUUGCGCACCGCGGAGCAUCCAGAUCAUGCGUUGGACAUUCGUGCCGCCCUCAAGUUUCUCGAUGCCGAGUGCCACAUCUCGCGAGGUUAUAUCCUCAUCGGGCAUUCGGCCGGCGCAACUCUCGCUUUUCAGGCACUCAUGGGCCAGUCGGCCCUUGCGGGACAGCACCCGCGGGAAACCAUCCCGCCGCCAGCGGCAGUCAUAGGCAUCUCAGGCAUCUACGACCUCGUCGCUCUGAACAGCAGGAAAGAAGGCUACGACGCCUUCAUCAGCGCCGCCUUUAGCAAAGAUCAAGAGGUUUGGCGCGCGGCGUCGCCGGCGACUUUCGGAGGUAGCUUCAAAGAGACAUGGCUCGGUUCUCCACUAGCUAUCCUCGCCCACUCGCCGGAGGAUACCCUCAUCGACAUGCCAGAGACUGACUCCAUGGCUGCAAAGUUGUCAAACGAUGGCAUCAACAUCAUCGCUGUCAGGGAUCUGUCCGGAGAGCACGACGAGGUAUGGCAGGACGGAUCUCAGGUUGCAAGCCUCGUCGCACAAGCCCUUGGGCGCCUGCCGUCGGUGGGCCGAUAG